CCUAGCCGCCCGCCUCCGACCUCUCCUCCCCCCCUCUCCACUCCCGCCGUCGGCCCUCGUCCGCGCGGCCACCCACCUUCCCGAUCCCCACCGGCAUGCCGUCGAACUCCGCCUGCCUCCCCUGACCCUCCACGCCGGACAAAUCGCCUCCUGUCGUCCCCUUGGCCCUGCUUUUCCCCGCCUCCGUCGAUUCGUCGCCGUCGCUGCCCCCCUCCCCAAGCUCCUGCGCCCCUCCUCCUUGACUCGUCCGUCCUCGUGUGUUCCCCAUCCCAUGGCGGACAUGUCGUCGCCGACUGGCCAGGCCCGGCCGGCGGCGCCGAUGGCGACGGCUGACCUGGAGGCCGCCAUCGCGGCGCUCCCCGUCAGGAAGCAGCGCCUGCGGGAGACCUUCGACCGCCUCGUCGCCUGCGCGCCGCCCCAUUACCAUCUCCCCUUCACCUGGGACGACAUCGACGCCCAUGUCUCCUCCCUCCACGCCUCCCUCUCCCUCCGCUUCCGCCAGAUGCAGCAGCAGCCCCACCCCGGCGCCCCCGUGUCCGCAACCGCGAUCCACGACGCCGAGCAGCCCCACCCCUGCGUGCCCGUGCCCGCAACCGCAACCCCCGCCGACGGGCAGCCCGACCCUUGCGUCCCCGUGUCCGCAACCCACGGCGAGUCCAUCCAGGAGGACGAGGAGAUGGUUAUGGAGGAUGAAGACGCCUCUCCUGUUCAAGAGGAUGAUAGAGUGGAGGACGCAGGCAUGGGCUUUGUGGGGGCGCCAAUGCGCCAGGCCGGAGGAACUCGUGAUCAAGAGUUUCCGGUUCCGGCGCGGGCUCACGCCCUGGACGCCGGCAGCCCUAUGCUUCGGCAGCCAUACACGGCGUUCCCGCCUGAAGUGCAUAGCCAGCUGAAUCUUCCUAUGCUCCAGCGACAACAACCAUACAUGCGGUACCAGCAGCAGGAGUUUCCUGCCAUGGCGGUGGCCAGGAAUACCUACAAUAUUCCUCCGAUGGUCCAGCAGCCGUACCCGUACCACAAUAUUCCUCCGAUGGUGCAGCGGCCGUACGUGCCGUACUUCAGGCAAGAAUUCUCCCCUGAUUUCAGGCAAGAAUUCUUCCCUGAUGAUGAUGUGACGAGGCAGCCCUUCAGGCAAGAAUUCUCCCCUGGUUUCAGGCAAGACUUCUUCCCUGAUGAUGAUGUGACGAGGCAGCCCUUCAGGCAAGAAUUCUCCCCUGGUUUCAGGCAAGAAUUCUUCCCUGAUGAUGAUGUGACGAGGCAGCCCUUCAGGCAAGAAUUCUCCCCUGGUUUCAGGCAAGACUUCUUCCCUGAUGAUGAUGUGACGAGGCAGCCCUUCAGGCAAGAAUUCUCCCCUGGUUUCAGGCAAGAAUUCUUCCCUGAUGAUGAAGUGACGAGGCAGCCCUUCAGGCAAGAAUUCUUCCCUGAUGUGACGAGGCAGGCCCGGAUGGGCAUUGACCAUGUGCUCCAGGAGCAGUACAUGGCAAUGGUGCACCAUCGACCGUACUCCCCACAGCAGCAGUACAUGGCGCACCACCAGCCACACUUCCCUGUUGCACAGGCUCCUAGUGCUCAUGGUCAGGGAUCAAACACUAAGCGUCGACCACCGAGCAAGACUACCGAUACGGACAACAUCAAUGUUCGUAGUAGCAAGCCAAGUAAGAAGAGCAGGAGGAAUUUCCACAAGCACCAUGGCAAACCAAAGCCAAACAAUGAGCCAUUUCAAAAGAAGACCAUAUAUGAUUAUUUUUGAUAGACAGCAGGAGCAUUGCCAUGAUUCCGGGAGACCUCCGUUGAUUUAGAGAAACAAGUGAAUACCAUUACAGAUGAAAAAACAAGUGAAGACCAUUACAGACGGAUUCCCAAACUAGCAAACACAAGUCCAAAGGCACCACCGUGUGGGCAACAUCCGCAAGGGCAACAUUUGUAAAAUUUGCUGUGUUAUGACGGUCGGCAGUGGCGGCAGGUCACUACGGAGCAAUGCAAGCGUCCACGAAAGUGUGAUGCCGACGACAUGCUCUUCUGGAUGUGAGCCGUGGAGGGGACGUAUGCGGGGAAAUUGCAGUGGCAUCUUUUCCUUCACAAGGAUGUGUGGGUGAGAAGGAUGACCCACUCUGCAUAUCAUUCUACGCAUACACGUGCUUCAGUUUGAUGGCUUGGUAGGCUGCCGGUCAAUGCCUCGCUUUGCUCGGCCGACACAUAGCAAUCAAAUAUGAAUCACAUGCCUAGCAUUGAGAAUAAUACUAUCCUCUCCCUAGGCUUUAUCAUUAUAUGUUGACAUAUGUUUUUAGUUCAACACAAAAAAUGGUGUCGUUUUGUGACCAUUUGCCUUUUG